UUUAUAGCUAAAAAGUAUGGCCCCAGGGGAAAAAGGAAGGUGAGUAGUGUAACACUGUAACUGUAAUCAGUAGAAAAAGGAGCAGGGGAGAGUGAAGAAAGGGUGCCCCAUCUACCAAAAAGUGAGAAGAAGAGAUCACUAUCUCUCUAAUAAAUAUUAAUAAUAAUUUUUUUUUUUUUAGAUAAAGAAAGAAAGAAGAAAGGAAGAAAGGAAGGAAGGAAGGAAGGAGCAGGGUAAUAAGAAAGCAGAAGAGAGGAUUAGUUUUGUGAAGGGAACAUCAUCCCAAAGAUAAAGACGCCUUUUGCUUUGCUUUGCUUGUGAACUUGGGUUUUGGUUCUCUACUCUUUGAUUCUCCCAUUAAACGACGAAAAAAAUAACUGAAAUUUAUUAUUUUUAUCGUUUUUUUUUUUAUUAUUCAAUUCUCUCUCUCUGUCUAUCUCUUUCUCUUUCUCUUUCUUUCGCGUUUGGAUCGGAUCUCAAAACAACUUUGAACAGCACACAAAGAGCCUACAAAGUUGUUUAGCUUUCUCUUUGGGGUUUUCUGGGUGGGGGUCGUCUCAUUUUCGCUUCUUCGCCGGUCAUGACCGCUUUCUUGCUCCGCAUUCUCAUUACUCUUUUGUAAUAAGCAACAAAAAGGGUGAUAGUUUGUAAGCAAUAGCCUUAGAAUAAGGAUCGAUGAGCUCAAUUGGAUUUUGAUGUGACAGCGCUGAUGCUGAAUUGCUCAAUGGAAUCGGUUGGUGAUGGAGUUAGUUCUUUCCCAAAGACUCAUAAUUCUGCUUCUGUGAUGGGCUAUAACCUUUCUUCCAUCUCUGGGACUUCUCGCCCCACUCGGCUUCCACCUCCAAAACAAUCUAGAAAUGACGGGGCUUCUUCUGCAUCUUAUGCAACUGUUCCUGACCAUGGGAUGAAGACUGUCCUACAUGCAGUGGACUCUGUAAUCAAUGAAAAGCAUUCCCACAAAACAGCACAAGAUCAUAUGCAUCUCGAAGAACUACAUACUUCAUCAAAACAAUUAUAUAAAUCAAACAAAGAUCAAUUGGUUGUGGGCCCAAAUGAUGUUCUUGAUAAGAUGGUGAAAAAUUCUUCUCAAAAGCAGGUUUCAGCAGUGGAAACCAAAUCUUGCAUCAAGCAUCCUGUUGAUGUUUCUGAGAAUUGUAAUUCAAGUGGAUUGAUAGGUCCUGAAAAUUUUGUUCCAGGCCCAUGUAAAGGAGGUGUUGUAGAACCAAACAGCCAAUUAACGGCUCAAUCAGCAAUUAGCUUUUGCGCUAGUCCUCAAAACAGUCUAUACUCUGCAACUCAGUACACAGAAGCAAAACAAAGUUUCACCAACACGGAGGUUAGUGAAUGUGCAAGCAGUGUAGAGAAGUCUGGUGAAAGUGCUGAAAUUAGCAACUCCUGUGAUUUUGCUGAGAGCAGGAAGACUAGUAUCUACAGAGGUAGCACUGGCAGUGAUGUUAGUGAUGAAAGCAGCUCCAGCAGUUUUAGUAGCACUCUUUACAAGCCUCACAAGGCAAAUGAUACAAGAUGGGAAGCAAUUCAAGCUGUGCGAUCUCGUGAUGGGGUGUUGGGUUUGAACCACUUCAGGCUGUUGAAGAAAUUGGGAUGUGGAGAUAUAGGCACUGUUUAUCUGUCAGAGUUGAGUUGCACUAGAAGUUACUUUGCCAUGAAAGUUAUGGAUAAAGGAGCUCUAGCGAGCCGGAAGAAGCUUCUGAGGGCUCAAACAGAGAGAGAGAUAUUGCAAUCUUUGGAUCAUCCAUUUCUGCCUACUUUGUACACACACUUUGAGACAGAGAAGUUCUCUUGCUUGGUGAUGGAGUUCUGCCCUGGGGGUGAUUUGCACGCACUCAGACAGAGACAACCAGGGAAAUAUUUCUCAGAGCAUGCUGCCAGGUUUUAUGUGGCAGAAGUUCUCCUUGCUUUGGAGUAUUUGCACAUGCUUGGGAUCAUUUACAGGGACCUGAAACCAGAGAAUGUUCUGGUGAGGGAAGAUGGGCAUAUAAUGCUUUCAGACUUUGACCUCUCCCUAAGGUGUGCUGUCUGCCCGACGUUGGUCAAAUUCUCAAACUCAAGCUUGGAAUCCAAGAACUCAGGAUAUUGUGUUCAGCCUGCUUGCAUUGAGCCAACCUGUGUCAUCCAGCCAUCUUGCAUCCAACCCACAUGUUUUGCUCCACGCUUCUUGACAAGGGCCAAGAAAGAGAAAAAGGCAAAACCAAAGAAUGACAUAUAUCAUCAAGUGAGCCCUCUCCCAGAGCUCAUAGCUGAACCCACAACCGCUCGAUCAAUGUCCUUUGUGGGUACUCACGAGUACUUGGCACCUGAAAUCAUUAAAGGUGAAGGGCAUGGCAGUGCUGUUGACUGGUGGACAUUUGGGAUCUUUCUCUAUGAGCUCUUGUUUGGUAAAACUCCUUUUAAGGGAGCUGGAAACCGGGCUACUCUCUUCAAUGUGGUUGGGCAGCCGCUUAGAUUUCCUGAGUCACCUGCAGUAAGCUUUGCUGCAAGGGACUUGAUAAGAGGUUUGCUUGUGAAAGAACCACAGCAUCGCCUUGCAUAUAGGCGUGGAGCAACAGAAGUUAAGCAGCAUCCGUUCUUUCAGAGUGUGAAUUGGGCACUCAUUCGAUGUACCAAUCCGCCAGACAUGCCAAAACCAUUCAUGAUAGACUUCUCUGCAAGAAGUGACACAACAAAAGCACCCACAGCCGGAAAGGUCCCAGGUGUUGAUGUGAAGCCUUCUGGUAAUUAUUUAGAGAUCGAUUUCUUUUGAUUCUUGUGAUUGUUUCCUCUCUGCUUCAUUUUCUAUCACCUUUUAUUGUAUUGUGCUUCAAUGGCUUCUCUUUCCAUUGCCAAGGGGGGGUUCUAAUAUGUGGGUUCCUCUGAUAAAAGCACAUGUAACUGCUCCUUUGUUACUGGGCAUCACAUGAUAAAAACUGUGCUCAUGAAAUUCAAAUGCAAUUAAAUGAGGAAUGAAGUUGCUGCA